AAACACGAGCACAGAGGGGAGACCGUCACGCUGUCAGGACUAUAAAACCUCAGCUGGACGUCUCGGAGCUGUGACUGAGACAAACCCGAUCAGCAUCCACGAUGGCUUCCCUCAAAGCGCUGCUCUCUGCGCUGACUCUGCUGGCUCUGACUGUGGACGCCUCGUCUGGCCCCGGGUACAGCAACUACAACUACGACCUGUCUGGUCAGGACCUGACCCGUCUCUACAACUCGCCGGUGAUGACGGCUGAGAGGAUGAAGAGGCCGCUGGAGGGGACUUCAUUUAUACUGGGACCACUCAGCCACUCCGGGGUUCGGGUGACGUUAGAUGAUGGCUCUCAGUGGCUGAUCCAUAAAGGAGGCGGAUUCGGAUUAUCCUCUCAGACGGUGGUGACUGAUGCCCGACACAUGAGCUCGGCCUGGAGGCCUGUCAGUUCUAGAGAAUUCCAGGGUUCAAAGACAGUUUCAGACUUUGUGAGUGCUGGAGGACCCAACUACAACUUAUUCUCUGAUAACUGCCACCUGGGAUCGCGUCGAAUGAUGGACCAGUAAAUAUGAUUCAGUUUCUGUCCUGAUAAUAAAGGCCAACCCUCACACAGA